AUGCACACACUUGACCUUCACGGAUUGAUGCAAACACAGAAAAAUAAGGACACAAAGGCUCUAAUAGGCUAUGGCUUUCUCAAGUUCAUCGGCCGUAUGCGAUGGCUUUGGAGAGAUGACGAGACUACGGCAGAUACCGUAGCGACUUCCCCGCGCUCAGACGACAGGAAACGGGCCACACCUACGUGCCCCCAGAGGUGCUGCAGUCAGUCGGACAGUGUUUACUCUCACCUUUCAGUCCCGGCCAUGGCAGCUGGUGUCAGCAUUGUGAGUGACCUGCCCUACUCCGUUAGUUCCCAGAGAGGAGAGAUCAGCGGGGAGAUGGCCAUAGAGUCAUUGAGCGAGCAGCCUUUGUUAGUUCAGAGACUCCCGCGGUCCGGGCACUGGAAGAUGCAGCCGUACCGGGGACGCCACCGCUUAGCCGGGGAGAUGUCCGGCGGCCGGAGGCACUCGGCGUCAGACGUCCUGCUGAAGGUGCUGCAGCGCAGACGCAGCUCUGCCCUGGAGAUCCUCUCCUCCUCCUCCCACACACUGAUGGUGGCCGUCAUCAUGAACCAGCCUCAGCCUUCCGCCGAGCACAAGAGCAGGAGAUCAAAUUCAAGAGUCCCGACGGCAAAGUACACCAAGAUGGGGGAGACUCUGAGGCAUGUCAUCCCCAGUCACAUGCAGUGCUCCAUGGCCUGUGGAGGGAGGGCCUGUAAAUAUGAGAACCCUGCUCGCUGGAGUGAUGAGGAGCAAGGGAUUAAGGGACUCUAUUCUUCCUGGAUCACCGACAACUUGCUAGCUAUGGCAAGGCCUUCUACUGAAAUCAUAGAAAAGUACAAUAUAAUUGAGCAGUUUCAAAGGUGUGGUUUGAAGACGGUCAUAAACCUGCAGCGACCAGGAGAACACGCCAGUUGUGGCAAUCCUCUAGAGCAGGAAAGUGGUUUCACCUAUAGACCCGAAACUUUCAUGGAAGCAGGCAUCUAUUACUACAACUUUGGAUGGAAGGACUAUGGUGUGGCAUCUCUGACUACAAUUCUGGAUAUGGUGAAAGUCAUGUCGUUUGCUGUUCAGGAGGGAAAAAUGGCUGUCCACUGCCAUGCUGGUCUCGGAAGAACAGGUGUGCUGUUGGCUUGUUACUUGAUCUUCACAACCCGCAUGAAUGCUGACCAGGCCAUCCUGUUUGUGCGCGCUAAAAGACCCAACUCCAUCCAGACCAGAGGGCAACUGCUGUGCGUUCGGGAGUUUGCCCAGUUCCUGGUUCCUCUGCGAAGCGUGUUUUCCUGCGCGGAGCCCAAAGCGGGCGCCGUGACCCUGUCCCAGUUCCUCACGCGCCAGCGUCACCUGCUGCACGGCUACGAGGCGCGGCAGAUGAAGAACGUGCCAAAGAUCGUCCAGCUGGUGUGCGGGCUCCUCUUGGAAAUUGCGGCCAACCGGCAAGUGGUGACUGAGGAGGAGUGGGUGGAGAUCCCGGACCUCUCAGCGGAGGUGGAGAAGACGGUGUCCCAGCAGGCCCUUCAGCAGCUCGGGAAUGAAAUGAGAGGGAAAGGGAUCCCUGUCCUGCCAUGUGCACUGAGUGCUCUUAGUCCACCAGCACCACAGUCCAAAGUGAUGAACGAUCAGCCUCUCAUCAGUGACAAUGACCUGGACCCCCUGUGGAGGCAGCAGAAUGCCGAAAGCCCUCACAGAUGUUCUCUGUUCAACAGCAGGUGCCUCAGUGACUCCGUGCUCGACAAACUUGGGCAGUGGCACAAUUUAGGAAACACUGUGAUAGAGAAACCAGCCAACUUCCUGUUCAAACAUUCUUUGUCCCACAGCAACCUUCUGACCUGUAACCCUCCCGGUUGCUACGAUCUGUCUCCACAUGACAACAUGAACAGUUUUCACGACCACCAAACUAGUCAAAAGCAAAACGCUGAGUUCUCCAUUUUGAAGAAGCGGCCUUAUAAGCGGCAUCAGAGUUUGACUUUUGAUCUGUCUGAGCACGGAAGGAAAUGCCUCUGUGAGGAAAUGCUGCAGGCCAGGUCAACCCAGAGUGAUCUCGUAGCCAGUGAGGAGGACGUGGUAUUGGAUGGAGAAACCACCCCACGGGUUCCUGCCAUCACCCUCCAGUCUGAGCUCUCCCCGGAGGGCAGAAGAGUGCUGGUGGCCAGAGCUCUGGCCAUGCAUCUGACCGACAAGGAGCUCGCCUCCAAGGUGUCAGUGUGGCAGACGGAGCUGAACUCCAGAGAGGGGGCAUGGGAGAGGCUGUGCAUGGAGAGAGACCCUCUGGUCCUGUCCAGCUUGAUGUGGUCGUGGCUGGAGCAGCUCAAGGAUCCUGUCAUCAGCAGCGAGGUCAUAGAGGUCCUCAUGGAGAAGAAUGUAAACGCGCAAAACGCGCUCAACUCUCUGGAAAAGCGGUUCAGGCAGGCAGCUGGUAAUCCAAACCGCUAUCUCAGAGGAGAAAUCAAUGGUCACCGGCUGACUCUGCUGUGUAUCCUCGACUGUGCUGCUCAUCUCUUGCCCGUGCCUGAAGAAGUUGUGACUAGUUUUUUAAACCAAACAAUCAAAGUGUUUACUAAGAUCGAUCCUGCCUCAGACAAGAAUGAGUCAUUGUACUCGACACUGAAAGCAAUCCUGACUCAAGUUCUUUACGAGCUGCGUGACAAAGCUGCAGAGGUGAAUGGAGACUCCUGAUCAGCCUCAAAGCAAUUAGAUUUAGAAGAUGACGACUCACAAACAGGGUUGUGUUUUUAUUUGUGAGCCUUACUGAAUCCAAAGCCAGAUACUUGCACCAGACUGCUGAUAUCUGCCAAUCUGUGUUCUUUCAAGCUAUUUGACACAAAUGUAUGUCUUUAAGUAGUUAGGUUUUCUCUCUUACUUUAAAGCUCAUAAUAUAAACUAACUACUGCCAUUACCGAUGUUAUUGUGCCACAGUGCUCCGUUUGAACUAUUGUUACAUGUGAAUACUGUAAUGUUUAUGAAGGACUAGAUGAUAGCGUUAUCUAACUCUUAGCUGUUAGCAACACGACUUAGUAAAGCUGUCAUUGUUUUAAUGCUAUUUAAUUUAGUAACUUAGCUUUCAUAGAUAUGGGACAGUGGUUUUUAUUUAAUCCACAAGUUAUUUUUACACUGUACAGAUGCUACAGAGUGUCUUAUUUAUUCAGAUCGUGGAUUAAUUGCUAUAACUUAACAGUCUGCAAACGUCUUUGCAGCCUGUUUCCUAUAACAUUCCUAUAGAAUGUUAAAUGUUUUUUGUGGAGUCAGUUACACAACCACGUAUCAGUCAUGCUUUUGUAAAAUAUUUGACUGCCUCUGCUGUGCUAGAUAGAACAGCACUAUCUGCCUCAACUGAAACAGCCUGUCUGGACUUUUCAUGUGUGUGUAUGUGUGUGUGCAUGUUUGCAUGUGUUUUGUUAGGGGUAUUGAGACACAUUAAAACUGCCUCACCCUCUACUGUAUGUCUAAUAAAUAAACAAAGUACUAUUUAGCUCUACUGACAUACUGUGAAUGAGGAACACUGAUGAUAAUACCAUGUCAAGUACAUAAGAUGUUACACUAUAGAGAUUUUUAAACAAAUCCUUUUUUUUGGUUUUAUUUUUUUUGCUUCAACCUGUUGCUUCUUAUGGAAUUAAACAGAUGCGAUUAAAAACUGUGUGGGUCAAUGAUAUUCAUUUACACUGAUUUGUCCCAUCAGUAUUGCUGACAUCUCAGAAGAAGAAAAACAAGUGUGUCAUUAUUUAAUAUUGCACGUCCUGCAUUUGUUGGAAUGUGCACUGCCUAUAAUCUGUCAUCCACUUCACAGUCAAUCGUGAACACUUCUGGAAAGCAAAAUAUUAUAAUAUGAAGCCAUAUGCCCAUUUGAUAAUUGAUAACUGCUACAACUGUGUCACUGAACCAGCAUUAGCAGAAGUAGAUCACAGGAUGUACACCAGAGUGGUUUAAAAAUGUACGUAC